AUGUCAAUGGCCUAUCGUCUAAUCCGACCCUUACGAAGAAUUACAACAGAAACACUUGCCUCUCCUCUCUCUUCCUUUUCUAUUUCCAAAACCCUAACUGCAAUUCAGCCACAGCUUCAACAAACAAGAAGAAGUUAUGUAUCAGAGAUGAGGAAGUCAGCAUUCGAAGGCAACAUCAUCAGACUACUGCGAAACGAGAUCCAGUACGAACUCGAUCGUUCUCCUCCCUCUCAGCUUGUCCCUGAAUUCAAUUUGUUUACGGUUGAUGAACGGCCUGGAGAGCAGUGGAUUAGAUUGACAAGGAAAUUUGGAGAGAAUGAAGAGAUCAAAGUUGAAGUAACUAUGUUUGAUGGGUCCAUUCCUGUUCAGAAACCUGGUGGGAUUGCCACAGCGCAUGAUGUGCAGCUUCACAUCACGAUGAUUGUUGAUGUGUUUAAGGGGGAAGGCAGUGAUGUGUUGGAAUUUGUGUGCUCUGCAUGGCCGGAUAGCAUAGAAAUUCAGAAAGCUUACAUGCGUAAGCAUGAUCGGAUGGCAAGUCAGCCUUACAUGGGUCCCGGAUUUAAGGAACUUGACGAUGAACUGCAGAAUUCACUCUAUGAAUACUUGGAAGCAAGGGGUAUAAAUGAUGAGCUUGCUGUGGAACUUGACGAUGAACUGCAGAAUUCACUCUAUGCAUACUUGGAAGCAAGGGGUAUAAAUGAUGAGCUUGCUGUGGAACUUGACGAUGAACUGCAGAAUUCACUCUAUGAAUACUUGGAAGCAAGGGGUAUAAAUGAUGAGCUUGCUGUGUUCGUGCAUGAAUAUAUGAGGAACAAAGAUAAAACCGAGUUUAUAAGAUGGAUGGAAACUGUAAGGUCUUACAUAGAAAAGAAAUAA